GCUGCCCGCGGCGAGCCGCACCGACGAGGAAGACUACUUACACUACAAGAUCCUUUUCCAAGACCUGGACCACAACGGGGACGGCGUGGUGGACAUCUUGGAGCUCCAAGAGGGCCUGAAAAACUGGAACCCAUCUUUUGCCCGGGAGGAUAUUUAUAAAACCGUAGAUACCAAUGCUGAUUCUGGAUUGAACUUUGAAGAUUUUAUGCGCUACCUUAAAGACCACGAGAGAAAAAUGACACUGGCAUUUAAUAGUCUGGACAAAAAUGAUGAUGCAUUGAUAGAGAUGGAACAAUGACAGUAGACUGGGAUGAAUGGAAGAACUACUUCUUGCUUCAUCCUGCAAAAAAUAUCGAUGAAAUUGCUCACUUCUGGAAGCGUUCUACUAUGAUUGACAUAGGGGAGAGUAUAGCUAUUCCAGAUGACAUUACUGAUCAAGAAAAACGUUCUGGAAAUUGGUGGAAGCGCUUGGUAGCAGGAGGGAUAGCCGGCGGAGUUUCAAGGACGUGCACGGCACCUUUUGACCGCUUGAAGGUCAUGAUGCAGAUUCAUAAUUUACAGUCAGGGAAAAUGAGAUUGCUGGAUGGGUUUAAGCAGAUGGUAAAAGAAGGAGGAGUUCGUUCUCUUUGGCGAGGAAAUGGUGUAAAUGUUUUAAAAAUUGCACCUGAGACAGCACUCAAGGUUGGGACCUAUGAACAGUAUAAGAAAUGGCUUAGUUCUGAUGGUGCUAAAAUAGGAAUUAUUGAAAGAUUUAUAUCUGGUUCAUUGGCUGGUGCAACUGCACAGACCUGUAUUUACCCUAUGGAGGUUAUAAAGACCAGACUGGCUGUAGGUAAAACUGGACAGUACUCAGGGAUUAUUGAUUGUGGCAAGCAGCUUCUGAAGCAAGAAGGUGCUAGAGCCUUUUUCAAAGGUUAUAUUCCUAACUUGCUAGGAAUCAUACCUUAUGCAGGCAUAGAUCUUUGUGUUUAUGAGCAUUUGAAGAAUCGUUGGCUAGAACAACACGCAAGAGGCUCUCUAGACCCUGGAAUAGUGAUUUUGCUGGGAUGUAGUACACUGUCUCAUGCUUGUGGUCAGAUGGCCAGCUUCCCUCUGAACCUUAUUAGAACUCGUAUGCAGGCUCAAGCACUGGAAGAAAAAAGAACAACGUCUAUGAUUCAGCUCAUUCAAGAUAUAUAUAACAAAGAAGGAAAAAGGGGAUUUUUCAGGGGCGUCACGCCAAACAUCAUAAAGAAAAUUUUCACUACUGGUGAUGUCAACAAAGAUGGGAAGCUGGAUUUUGAAGAAUUCAUGAAGUACCUUAAAGACCAUGAGAAAAAAAUGAAAUUGGCAUUUAAGAGUUUGGACAAAAAUAAUGAUGGAAAAAUUGAGGCUUCUGAAAUUGUCCAGUCUCUCCAGAUACUAGGUCUAACUAUUUCUGAACAACAAGCAGAAUUGAUUCUUCGAAGCAUUGAUGCUGAUGGGACAAUGACAGUGGACUGGAAUGAAUGGCGAGACUACUUCUUAUUUAACCCCGUUACAGACAUUGAGGAAAUCAUCCGUUUCUGGAAACAUUCUACUGGUAUUGACAUAGGAGAUAGUUUAACUAUUCCAGAUGAAUUCACAGAAGAUGAAAAAAAGUCGGGACAGUGGUGGAGGCAGCUUUUGGCAGGAGGUGUUGCCGGGGCCGUCUCUCGGACAAGCACGGCCCCUCUGGAUCGUCUGAAAGUCAUGAUGCAGGUCCAUGGAUCAAAAUCAGCAAAAAUGAACAUAUAUGGCGGCUUUCGACAAAUGGUGAAAGAAGGAGGUAUCCGCUCGCUUUGGAGAGGAAAUGGUACAAAUGUCAUUAAAAUUGCUCCUGAGACAGCUGUUAAGUUCUGGGCAUAUGAACAGUACAAGAAGUUGCUUACUGAGGAAGGACAAAAAAUAGGAACCUUUGAGAGAUUUGUAUCUGGUUCCAUGGCUGGAGCAACUGCACAGACUUUUAUUUAUCCUAUGGAGGUUCUGAAAACCAGGCUGGCUGUAGGCAGAACUGGACAAUACUCUGGAAUGUUUGAUUGUGCCAAGAAGAUUUUGAAAUAUGAAGGCAUGGGAGCUUUUUAUAAAGGUUAUGUUCCCAAUUUAUUAGGCAUCAUACCUUAUGCAGGUAUAGAUCUUGCUGUAUAUGAGCUCCUAAAGUCUCAUUGGUUAGAUAAUUUUGCCAAAGACUCUGUGAACCCUGGAGUCAUGGUGUUGCUGGGCUGUGGUGCCUUAUCCAGUACCUGUGGCCAGCUGGCCAGCUACCCCUUGGCUUUGGUGAGAACACGCAUGCAGGCUCAAGCCAUGAUAGAAGGAAGCCCACAGCUGAACAUGGUUGGGCUCUUUCGACGAAUAAUUUCUAAAGAAGGACUACCAGGACUUUACAGAGGCAUCACCCCAAACUUUAUGAAGGUGCUCCCUGCUGUAGGCAUCAGUUAUGUGGUUUAUGAAAAUAUGAAACAAACUUUAGGAGUAACUCAGAAAUGACAUGUUGAAUUUUUUGCUUUAGCAUGAUUACUGAAACUUUCAACUGUCUCCAGAGUGACAUUUUCUCCUAGAGUUGAAACAAAUCUAUGACAGAAAGAAGCUUUAUUUAUUUUUUUUUCAUGAAAAGGAAAGCAUAUCAAUGAUAAUUUCAGACAUUUGGACUCAAUUUUAUAUAUUCAGAAAUGUCUAAAAAAAAUCAUAGUUUUGAUAAGCUCAUAGAAUUUUGAGAAGGCCACAAAAUUAUAGUUUAUCUUUUCAUAUUAGUUCUUUCUACAAUCUCUGCCCAGAAUCCUAAAUCUGAAGAAAUGUACUUGCUUGAACUAAAUUUGCUUUGUGUGCUAGAAUUAUAAAUCUUUAGUCUUUAUUUUGGUUGAUUCAAGUUUGUGCCAAUUCUUUUAUAUUUAAAUAUCAUUUUCUCAAAAACAAAAUGAUCAGAAAACUUGGAAACUUAAAUUGUUCAUAUAUUUUGAAUUUCUUAAAAUUUCCUUGUAGGAUCAUUAAUGGAGAAUCAUUGCAUGAAAACAUACCUUACAGCAGCCAAAUAGGUAUAGAGUUUAUAUUCUUUCUUUAAGCAGAAUAAGAAUGAGUGUUAAAUGGCAGAAUUUCAAGGUGUGUGAAUACCCUUGUCCACUCAUAUAAUUUUUGUGUAAGGAGGAGUGAUAAAAUAAUAUUUAUUUCAGUGACCACUUCUCCAUUUUGCUUGUACUAUUGUUUGGUUUUCAGGACGACACACUGCUUAUUAGCGUAUCACUGGCAAAUUGUUGAUGCAAGGCAACUUAUUUGAGAGAUUCUGUUUAUUAUCAUUGUUUUGAAAAGCAUCAGGAAAGAAAACCCCUUUACUUAUAUCAGUCUCUGAAGAGCGUCUUUCUUCUCUUUGUCCUUUCUCUCCUAUUUGAAUCAAACUCCUGUUUUCACCAGGAAGGCUUCUGGAGGCCAUUCCUGGUUAUCUGAAAUUUCUUAAUUACGUGAAGUAGGUUGAUCGUGGGUGAAUGGCAUUCUCAUUACCCCCUCACCAUUUAUUUGACACUGCAAUUCCCAACUUGGGCAGUGUGAACCUAGCAGAAUAGUAUGUAUUAAAAACAGUGUAUAUUAAUUCUGCAUAUCUGGUGCCUAUAAUGAAAUGGAAGGCCCAGUUUACAAACAAGUACAUUCAUAUUUUCUCUUGCCCCCAGUUUUAGGAACAUGUUUUGAUUUAGAAAACUUAAAGUGAAGCGAGAGCAUGAUUUUAUUUUACUGAAGCCAUUUUUAUAAACAACUGUCUUUUCUGAUUUGUAUGAUUAGGACUUAGACAACUAUUUAGUAGUUGAAAUUAUUCUUGCCACUUUUCAGUGUAAUUCUUAAACUCAAGUUUGAUUUCUAGUAAUUUCUGUCAUAAGUUGCCAACAUUUUAGUGAAAAUCUGGUGACAUAAUUAGGCAUUUACUUUAUUUGAACCUACCUCUCAUGUUUUCUAAACCAAAGAGAAAUGUUGAACUUGUGUUUGUGAAAUGUAUCCUAACAUAUAGUUUUCAUUAUAUUUGUUAUGCCUGAUAAGUAUCUCAAUGCUUUUAUAAUACAUAUGAUAAGUGUGAAACUCUGUCUUCAGGGUGUUUGUACUUUUGAGUAAUGCGUAAAUGACAAUAUUAAGGUACUAGAUUAGCUCUUUCUUUCACUCAUAAAAUUAUGGGAUGAGUAAAAUUUCAGGCUACUGAAAACAUUCAUUGUUCAUUAUGAAUUUAAGUUGUUUUAUAUUUAACAUUUGUAAGGUAUGAAUGUGAUUUAUCUGUGUAUCUUGUGUCUUUUGAAAAAAUCUUGAAUUUUUUGAAAAGAGCCCAGAGUCAAGAAUAGUUUAUUUCUGGCAUUACUGCAUAUUUGCUUUACAUUUAUAAUUAAAAAUACAUAUAUGUUUGUUUUUGAAA